CACCUCUUUCACCCCCACUGCCCGUUCUAGCUAUAGUUCUUUUCCUGCGCUACCGGGUGCAGGAAUUGUUUAUAAGGUAGCCAUAGCUUCCCUACACCUACUAUCCGAGCUGGAUCCUACGACAGGAGGCGAAUCUUUCCAGCUUCAGGAUCUACCACAAUUACGCGAGUCGAGAGAGCAAGCUAGGAAACAGCUCGAAAAGCAACUUCGCAAGCAACGCCGGGACGACGACAAAUUUUUCACCAGGCUUGACCAAGCGGAGAGCGGUAUGAAGUUCUCUCACAGUAUUCAGUUCAAUGCUGUGCCUGACUGGAGCUCGCACUACAUUGCCUAUUCAAAUUUGAAAAAGAUCAUUUACCAACUGGAGAAGAGUGUCGUCCGAGCUAGCUCGCGAGAUGACACCGAGGAGUCCGCCCUCAUCCCUAAUGCGAGAGAACCUGCUGUCGAUACCGAUUUAGUCUUUCGACGGACACUCGACCGUGAGCUUGAGAAAAUCUCUUCUUUUUAUAAUCUUAAAGAAGAUGAGCUUCUCCGAGAGGUCUACCAGCUUUCCGCCGACGCCGAGUCUUUCGAGGAAGGAAGGGAUGCCGAGAGUGUGACCGAUUCACAGCUUAUUGGAGAGAGUGGUAGGCGGAGGUACAGCUUGGGCGGUAUGAGUGGAGUAUUGCGAACAAGGAGCAGUCUUGAUGAGCCCACCGACCGGGAAGAUGACACAGAUGAUGACGAGGAGGAGGGACAGCAAUCUGGAGCUGGAACUGGAUUGCUGUCGAAGUCGAAGAGAGGUAAGGGCUGGAAUAGCAAUAUGGAGGGCUCACACACUAGUCACGUAUCGGACAGUGGGUUAUUUCAGCGACGCGCAUCACAAACCUUUGAUGAAUAUCAUGGCUACGCUGUAGGAGACUUAUGCGACAAACGAGUCAUGUUGAAGAAACGAACCAUUUCAUUAUUCGUUGCCUUGAGAGAGCUGAAGAGUUUUGUCCAGCUCAAUAGGACAGGGUUUGUGAAAGCAUUGAAGAAAUACGACAAGAUUCUCAACAGAGGUCUCAAGUCACAGUAUAUGCAGGGUGUGGUGGAACCUUGCUAUUGUUUUCGACCUGAAACUACAGCAGAGUUGGACAAGGCUAUCGGAAAGGUCGAGGACAUAUAUGCGUCGCUUGUCACGGGCGCAGACUUGGAUGCAGCGAAACGAGAACUUCGAUUGCAUCUUCGUGAACAUGUCGUUUGGGAGCGCAAUACAGUAUGGAGGGAUAUGAUUGGUAUUGAGAGGAAAGCCCAAGCAGCAAACAUGGGAAUUCGACGAACGUUGCUUGGCGAUACUACGGACCCAACAAGGUCAAGGCUGACAGGUGACGAGCCUGAGAUAUCUGUAACUAAAGAGUUGGAAACACCGGUUGGAAAGAUAAAGUAUUCCACUUGGGUAUUCAGCGGCGGAUUCUUCGUUCUUGUGGCUCUUUUGCUAGUUUUCACGGUCCUAUUGCUUGUUCCCAUGUUCCCUUCGCCUGAGCAGCAGAAUUGCCUUGCGAUGCUAGUGUUUGUGUCUCUCCUAUGGGCCACUGAGGUUAUCCCGCUCUUUGUGACAUCGCUUCUUGUUCCGUUCUUGGUUGUUCUGCUUCGAGUUGUGCGCUCGGACCAGAAGCCGCAUGUUCGACUGGAGACAAAGGAAGCCACUAGAUAUAUUUUCUCGGCUAUGUGGACCCCUGUGAUCAUGUUGUUACUAGGCGGGUUCGCGAUUGCUGCUGCCUUGAGCAAGUACGGGAUCGCAAAAAUGCUGGCCACUGUCGUAUUAAGCAAAGCGGGUACUAAGCCUAGGACAGUUCUAUUGGCUAAUAUGUUUGUGGCUAUGUUCGCAAGCAUGUGGAUUAGUAACGUUGCAGCUCCAGUUUUGUGCUUUUCUAUCAUUCAGCCUAUGUUAAGGAACCUGCCUUCUGAAUCCAGGUUUUCCAAAGCACUCAUCCUGGGUAUUGCUUUAGCGUCAAAUAUUGGUGGCAUGGCUUCACCGAUCGCAAGUCCGCAGAACGUCAUUGCUUUGCAGAACAUGCGACCGGCUCCUAGCUGGGGCGCUUGGUUCUUUGUGGCUUUGCCAGUGUGUAUUUUGUCCAUUCUCGUGAUAUGGGCAUUACUCUUGAUAUCGUUCAACCCUAGCAGGGGAACAACCAUUGUUCCUAUCCGACCUGUGAGGGACAAGUUUUCUGGUGUGCAAUACUUUAUAUCUUUCGUCACCAUUGUAACUAUCAUUUUGUGGUGCUUCUCACAUCAGCUUGAGCAUGUAUUUGGGGAUAUGGGCGUCGUCGCCAUUAUCCCUCUUGUACUCUUCUUCGGAACCGGUAUCCUUACCAAGGAAGACUUCAACAAUUUCCUAUGGACCAUUAUCAUUCUUGCGGCUGGCGGAUUAGCUUUGGGCAAAGCCGUGAACAGCUCGGGGCUUUUGCAUGCCAUCGCACAGGCUAUCAAAGAGGAGACACAGGGUAUGGGUCUUUAUGGAGUGCUUGUCGUUUUUUGCGCCUUAAUCUUGGUCAUCGCAACGUUUAUCAGCCAUACCGUUGCUGCACUGAUUAUUCUGCCAAUCGUUGCCCAAGUUGGUGCAAGUAUGGAAGAGCCACACCCGAACUUACUCGUUAUGGGCGCGGCUUUGAUGUGCUCUGCUGCAAUGGGUCUCCCCACCUCUGGUUUCCCUAAUAUGACGGCAAUCAUGAUGGAGAAUCCACAGACAGGCCAGCGAUACUUGAGAGUCCAACACUUCAUCAGUCGGGGCAUCCCAAGCAGCGUGUUCUCGUUUCUGAUCGUCAUUACGGUAGGCUAUGGCUUGAUGCUCAUCGUUGGGUUUUGAAGGGGUGGAUUUCUAGCAACAGGAGUUCUCACAGGCUCCUUUCCGUUUUUCUGUUCCCAAUUCACGGGAUGUGCAUUCCUUCAGUUUUUAGGUCAUGCAUAUUUACGGACGAGUUGAACCUAGGAUGUUUUUGCCCUUUGCUAUUAAUUUCUUAUCUAUGCUGCCCCUUGUGUAUAUCUUGGAUUCUACGGUAAAGACGGUUUUUAUUUUCAUUUUUAUUUAUUUAUUUAUUAGCGUUGCAUGAAGCGGUUAAGUUGUAUUGUAUGGUGUGAAAGAGCAUUUUUAUUUCUUGGGGAUAUAUUGUCCUGCUGUUAAUCUCUGAUUGCGUUUGGUGGAUGUCGCAUCAUUUGACGAAUUCACAAUACUAGAAUCGAUGAUUAAAUUUGCU